AUGGUUGCGGGAGGCGAGAAAGAUCGGAAAGGCUGUGUGGGACGAAACAAUGAAGACAGGAAAAAAGAUCCAAGAAAGGUGGUGCAUUCGCUGAAAGUUGGUGUCGCAAUGACCGUAGCUUCAUUGGUGUACCUGUUGGAGCCAUUGUAUGAGGGGAUUCGUCAGAACUCCAUUUGGGCGGUCCUCACUGUCACACUUAUCGUCGAAUUCAGAGCAGGAGCCACCUUGUAUAAAGGAUUCAACAGGCUAAUGGGGACAGUGGUGGCCUUGAGUUUUGCAUUUCUGUUUGAGAUCAUUGCUCGCCAUCUAGGCCAUGUUGAAUGUGCCAUUAGUAGCGGCUUUGCAGUUUUCCUUAUUGGUGAGGAUUCUGAAUCCCAUAUCCAUAUUCUCCUUACUCAGUUUCAUUUUGCUUCUAAAUUUCCUGUUAUUAAAAUCUGUUUUUCAGCGGUUGUUUUUAUAACGUCUACUUUCAUGGCCGAGUCAAUUGACAAAUGA